GCCGACGGGCGGGGCGUCGGGCUGCCCGGGCCCGGAAGCGGCGGCGGAGGCGCGGGCGCCGCAGUGUCGGCCAUGGCUGUGAACCUGAGCCGGAACGGUCCGGCGCUGCAGGAGGCCUACGAGCAAGUGGUCAACGGGAAGUCCCCGACCGACUGGGCCCUCUUUACCUACGAAGGCAACAGCAAUGACAUCCGUGUGGCUGGCACUGGGGAGGGGGGCCUGGAGGAAAUGGUGGAGGAGCUCAACAGUGGGAAGGUGAUGUACGCCUUCUGCAGAGUGAAGGACCCAAACUCCGGCCUGCCCAAGUUUGUCCUCAUCAACUGGACCGGCGAGGGUGUGAAUGACGUGCGGAAGGGAGCGUGCGCCAACCACGUCAGCACCAUGGCCAGCUUCCUGAAGGGGGCCCACGUGACCGUCAACGCCAGGGCCGAGGAGGACGUGGAGCCCGAGUGGAUCAUGCAGAAGGUGGCCAGGGCCUCCGGGGCCAACUACACCUUCCACGGAGAGAGCAGCCGCUUCCAUGACACGGGCCCCCAGGCCCCGGUGGGCUCUGUGUACCAGAAGACCAACGCCGUGUCUGAGAUCAAAAGGGUUGGCAAAGACAGCUUCUGGGCCAAGGCAGAGAAGGAGGAGGAGAACCGCAAGCUGGAGGAGAAGCGGCGGGCGGAGGAGGAGCGGCGGCGGCUGGAGCAGGAGCGCCGAGAGCGGGAGCUGCGCGAGGCCGCCCUCCGGGAGCAGCGCCACCAGCAGCAGGGCAGCGAGGCCGGGCCCCACAGCAGGAAGUAUGAGCAGCAGGAAGUGCUUUCAAGGAGCGGAGAGGAGCAGCUGCAGGGAGCCAGGCAGGCCGAUGGCUCCCGGAUCCUCAUUCACUGCCGGCUCCGUGCGCGCUCCUUCAGGAGCCUGUCUGUCCACAGCCAGCACACCCACGGGAGAUUUUCAAGCAGAAGGAGAGGGCCGUGUCCACCACGCCCAUGUCCAGCCCCCAGCCAGCAGUGUGAUGUCUUCGAUGUUUACCGUUGGUUUGCAGGCAAGCUGAGGAGCCCCUUCCUGCAGAAGCAGCUCACCCAACCGGAGACCCCCCUCAGCAGAGAGUCAGUUCACGCCACCUCAAGGCCCAGGGCAGAGUGGGCCGUGUCCUCCCGUGCAGAUCUCCGCCAGGAGCCGGUGCCCAGCGCCCCUCCGUGCUCGGUGCCGGCGGAAGAGGAGGCCGUGUACGAGGAGCCCCCAGAGCAGGAGACCCUCUACGAGGAGCCUCCAAUGGUGCAGCAGCAAGAUACCAGCUCUGAGCGCAUUGACCACUACCCGGGGCUGAGUGGGAAAGGGCUCUGUGCCCGGGCCCUGUAUGACUACCAGGCAGCCGACGAGACUGAGAUCUCCUUCGACCCUGAGAACCUCAUCACGGGCAUUGAGGUGAUCGACGAAGGCUGGUGGCGUGGCUACGGGCCGGACGGCCACUUUGGCAUGUUUCCCGCCAACUACGUGGAGCUAAUUGAGUAAAGGGCCCCGACUGCUGGCCGAGCCCAGGGGCUGUGCUUCCCCUCCCCUCCCAGACGCGACUUCCUCGUUGCUGGCAGAGGCGGCGUGAGGGCUGUGUACGGCACUUUUCUAGGAAUGGGAUCCCCCUGAUGAGGGCAGGCCCUCGGGCUCCCUCUGGCUUGGGUGGCUCGGCCUCUGUUGCCCCAAAUGCAGCAAUAACCUGGUGAUCUCCAGAUGUGCUUCCAGCAGCUUCCCAAGUCCUCCCAACCAGCCUGGUCCUUGACCCCCAACAGAAGACACUGAGCCAAGCCUGCCCAGGGCCAGCCUCUUAGUGACCUCUGCCCAAGGGGUACGGCACUGCCAGUCUACGGGGGCGGGUCUGAGCAGGGGCAUCUAGAGGUCUUCUUGUGCACUUGCCUUCUUUUCCUUUUCCUCUUGGCUUUAAGGGACAGUGUCUGUAGCUUCAGUGACCCUUGGGAACAGUGAACUUAGAGUUUAUGACCAAAGUCAGAGUGGGUCAUGACAAUUUUGGUAGCAGUCUUUCUGGAACCUGCUCUGUGCUCCCCAUUUCUCUGUCCCUCUGCCUGGGCUCUCCAAGCCCCCAUCUAAGUAUGUGAAGGAAGAGGUGAAAACAUCAACAGACACUGCGUGUCCUUCCACGUGGCUCACUCUUGUCUGCUGGCCCCGGUGUGCACCUCAGUUGAUACGGUUUAGGGAAAGUAACCAUGGUGGCCUGUUCUACUGUCUUUCCUUCUUUCUGCCCCAGCCCAUCCGUGCCUGCUUCUGGAGUAAGAAUUGCCCUACACCGGCCCUAGCUCCGAUCCCUCCUGUUGUAGCCCUCAUGUGUGCACCCUCAGACCUCUGACCAGCCCUUAGCCACCUGAGGAGGCAUAAAGGUCAAUGUGUGACUGCAA